AUGAAGAUUAUUUCACUUGUCGUUGACAUUGGAGGAAACUUGGUGGCACCAAUGAGAAAACAUUUUUGCUAUCUAAGUUACUGCAAUUGCAACAUCAAGAAUCUCAAAGAUCAAUUUCAGAAGCUGGGUGACAAGAGAGCUGGGGUGCAAUUAGAAAUUGAUGUAGCAAAACAGAACCGAGAGUUAAUUGCACCUGAGGUUGAGAGCUGGGUAGAAAAGGUAGACAACAUCAGUGAAGUUUUAAGGGAUGGACAAUUUGAUAAGGUGUCCUAUCCUCCUCCACCACGGGGAAUAGCAACUUCAUCCAAGGAAGGUUUUAAGGUUUUUGAAUCAAGAAUACCAGUCAUGAAAGAAGUUUUGACUGCUUUAAGGGAUGACAAGAUCAACAUGAUUGCCAUAUGUGGGAUGGAGGGGAUCGGAAAGACAACAAUGGCAAAAGAGUGUCCUCCACCACGGGGAAUAGCCACUUCAUCCAAGGAAGGUUUUAAGGUUUUUGAAUCAAGAAUACCAGUCAUGAUAGAAGUUUUGACUGCUUUAAGGGAUGACAAGAUCAACAUGAUUGCCAUAUGUGGGAUGGAGGGGAUCGGAAAGACAACAAUGGCAAAAGAGGUAGCAAAAAAAGCCAAAGAUGAUAACUUAUUUGAUGAAGUUGUGAUGGUAGUAGUGUCCCGUAAAAAAGACUUGAGCAAGAUUGAAGAUCAAAUUGCUAUGAUGCGACAUAGGGAAAUUAACUUUGAGAAUGUCCUUGUAAUAUUAGACAAUGUUUUGGAAGAACUUAAUCUAAAGGGUGUAGGAAUUCCUUAUAAAGUUGAACUCAAUAGUUGCAAAAUCUUGUUAACGUACAUCAAGAAGCGAAGAAGUCUGCAAUCAAAUGAAAUCUCAUAA